AUGUUUCGGCCGGUUUGCACAAUCGGUCAAAGAAUUUCAUUCGAGAGGAAAUUAAAAGAAUUUUUCAGGAACAAGGUAGUUCGACCCGCUUCGGUCCUGAAGCCGGCAGAAAAAAUAAAAUUGUACAACAAAGAAAAUAAAGAUUUGUUUGGUCCUUUGCUAGAAACUAAUAAACAAAAGAAACAACGUUUGCAGAAAGCAGCUAAAAAUAGUGCAUCACAUCAAAACAACGGCGCCAGAUGUCAAGAAACUAAGUUGAAAUAUAAAGAAAGUACCGAGAGAUAUGUAAGACAGUGUGAUCCAUUGAUUGGAUAUUCGAGUAUCUGUAGUGCAGCGCAGCCUGGAUAUGUAAGUGAAGAUAAAAUUCUUCAAAUUAAGCAUCAUCAGAAUGAUUAUGCCCAACAAUAUCCCUCUGUAACGUUGAUAUUGAAUAAAACGAUGACAGAUGAUUCGAGAACUGCUUUAGAGAAAUGGAAACAGGAAAGGAUUGCUGAAAUGGGAGUAGAGGAGUUCAAUAAAUUUUACGAAGCUCAAAUGGCAGUUGGUACGAAAUUCCACAAUACUCUGAAAAACUAUUUCACACAACCAAAAUCUCAGCUUCGUAUUGAGAAAGAAGUUGAGGGUGUUUGGACUUCUGUGAAUGACAUCCUCAAGAGUAUAUCGGCACCUAAAGCUAUAGAAUCCAAUGUUGUACAUCCUGUACUGAAAUACAGAGGGGUAUUUGAUGCCAUUGCAGAUUACGAAGAAAAACCAACGUUGAUAGAAUGGAAGAAAUCCGACAAACCACCCAAAUCAAUUCGCCUUAACCUACGACAAUCCAGUGCAGUUAGCGGCGUACUUUGGCGCCGUUUGCAACGACCUCAACUACAAACACUUAAACGGUGGAAAGAGAUUAUUCGAAGAGGAUAUCGGAAAUCUCGAGUAAUUUACGCGGAGUUUUCAAAUAAGAAUAAAUAA